GAGGGACCCGGUGCCAUGGUGCACCUCACAGCGCCCUGUGCGCCACUCAAAUCGCUCCGGGAGGAAACGGCGAGCGCCAGACGGAGGAAGUGAGGUCACACUGAACAGCAGCACGCGGAAGCUGCCUGUAGAGAAGCUGCGCUGUGAUUGGUCGCCGGUGGGCAGCGCGUGGCAGCGUUGGAGUGGCGCGCGCGCGAUCCUGUGUGUGUAUGUAAAUGAGUGUUAAUAACACGACGUCAUCACUUUAAUCAGCGCGCGCACACUUUCCAGAGCUGUGGAUGUGUACACGUGACUUGUUGUUAGGAUCCCCAGCACUGCUGCUUCCGGUUUCCUGUGGAAAAGGAGUUUUACCGAGUGUGUGUCGCACCCCACUGGCCAUGCUGAGUGUGUGUGCUGUGCUGCUGAUUGCAGCAUUCAGUGCUGUGUGUUCCAUGAACUCUAACACACACACACCGCGACAAGGACACGACUCCAACCUGGAGAUCUAUAAGCGUCUGUUUGAAGUGAAGAGGAAGGAUCAGCUGAACGCGCUGAAGAACCUGGUGGAUCUGAACGAUGUUAAUCAGCAGUACAAAAUCAUUGACAUCAUGUUGAAGGGGCUCUUUAAGGUACUAGAGGACUCGAGAGCUGUUCUUGUAGCUGCGAAUCUGCAGCCAGAUGAUCCGUUUCCUCUGGAUGAUAAGAUUAAAGAAGCAUACUCCCAUGUGGUGGAGAACACGGCGUUUUUCGGGGAUGUAGCUCUGCGUUUCCCGCGUAUCGUCCAUCAUUACUACGACCGUAAUGCUGAGUGGGGGAAGAUGCUGCGCUGGGGGCUGAGCUUCUGUAACCAGUCAGGAGUGUUUACCGGAGGGAGUCACCAACAAGUCCUCACGCUGAUGUCUCAGGAGCUGGGCAUCACAGAGAAAUCUCCAGACUUCAUUAACCCUUACCGUACCGACAAAGAUGAUGUACUCCACACCGCAGAGGCCUUCCAGAGAAUUCUUCGUGAAGAACAGAAGCGCAGGAGGAAGGAGGAGAAGAGGAAAGAGAUGAGGAAAGGGCCACGGAUUUCCCGCUCUCGCUCUGAACUCUAACCCCCCGCCGGAGGAACGCUGAGGCGGGGACGGAGACGCGCUCGGAUCUGCGAGUCAGAGCUCCAGCAGGUGUAGAUGAGGUAGAGGAGCAGGUGAACAACAGGUCAGAGAGAGAGAGAGAACCGAUUACACAGAAACGGAGGAGAAGUGAGCGCUGCAUUACAUUUACAAUCUGAGUGAAGUUCAGCUGUGACGCUUUAUCAGAGUUUAUACUGUUUCACUGUAACGCUGGGAGAGAAUGAGUGAAUAAUAUAUGUAAUGUAAAGCAAAAAUAAUGAGCUUUAUUAAACUGUAUAAAUGUGUGAGAUUGUGUUUAUAAUGUUUAGGUAGGAUGUAACGCCUUGUGUUCUAAUCCUGUGUCUAACACUUCCCCUUGUUGACUUCCCCUGCAUCGUAGGCCAUGUGCAGAAACUUCAUUUUCAUCUCCAUCAUUUUCUGAAAUCACUGUGUACGCUCGCUUCAUUCUUAAACAACACCGCGGAGAUCACUCAGCCAAGGGGUGAUGUUAAAGCGGGAUUGGAACACAGCCGUGCGAGCUCAGGGGAAGAAGGGGAAUUCCUUUAGUGCACAACUGACAGUCUGAUUUUUAUACAGUGAUGUGUUGCAGAAGGACAGAAGAGAUUUAGCAGAAUUUUCAUACCUGAACUAGACGUCUAGGUUAGUUCGAGGUUCAAGAUUUAAUCGUGUGUGUGUGUGUGUGUGUGUGUGUGUGUGUGUGUGUGUGU